CUUCCAUGAAGAAGAAGAAGAAGAAGGAAGUUGUUGCUCAAACUGAUGAGGAAAAGAAGAAAUUAAGAUCAGCAACUUUAGCAAUGAUGCAACAACAAGAAGAAGAAGAACAAGAAGAAGAAAAAGAAAAGAAAGAAAAGAAAAAGAAGAAGAAAUCAUCAUCAGCUGCAAGUGAAGAAACUGAAAAAACUGAAGGUGGUGAAGAAGAAAGUUUAGAAAAUACAGAUUUCUUAGCUGAAAAGAAAAAGAAAAAGAAAUCAUCAAAAUCAUCAAGUGCAACUACUGAAUCAUCAGAAACUACCACUGAUGCCGUUGAAGAAAAAGAAGAAAAAGUUGUUGAAGGUACCAUUCCAUGGUUAGGUGUUGAUCGUGAUUACAAAUACUCUGAACUUACCUAUAGAAUCUAUCAUCUCCUCCAAACUAAUAAUCCAGAUUUAAUUUCAGACCAAAAACGUCAAAUGAAACCACCACAAGUUAUGCGUGAAGGUACUAAAAAGACAAUUUGGGCUAAUUUUGCCGAAAUCUGUGGCAUUCUUAACCGUAAACCAGAACAUGUUUUAACUUACGUCUUUGCAGAACUUGGUACCAAUGGUUCCAUCGAUGGUAACCAACGUCUUGUUAUUAGAGGUAGAUUCAAAACUUCACAAAUCGAAGUCGUUAUUCGUCAUUAUAUCUCUGAAUACGUCGCUUGUCGUAAUUGUAAAUCCCCAAACACCAUUUUGGAAAGAAACAAUCGUUUAUACUUUUUAUGCUGUAAUGCAUGUAACUCUAAGAGAUCUGUAGCUGUUAUUAAGAAGGGUUUAGAAUCAGUUGGUAAAAAAGCACCAAAAGAACAACAAUAAAUCUUUUAAUAUAUUUAUAAAUAAAAAAAAAAAAAAAAGUAAAAAAAAAAAAAAAAACUAAUUAAAUGAUAAUCUUUAAACCAAAAAAAUAUAAAAAAUAUAAAACCAAAC